UCCAACGGGCAGCCUGACCUGCAGUCUCCUCAAACAUGAGUCCACCUGACCCACAGGUUUCACUCACCAAGACUAUUCCAGCUGCUGCUUCUUUUGGCUUGGAUUGUUUUUUGUCACACAAGUGAAGUGUUCUUGGGAAGUUAUGGAAUUAAUUUCUAUCCGAAGUCUCUCUGUGAGGACAGGCUGAUGACACGACGCGGGACGCCUUCAGACACCGCGGCUCAUCAUGAUGGAUGAAACAUCGCCUACAACGGGGAAUACAAAUAACUAGAAGGCUCUUUAAGAAGGCGACUGGAGACUUGCGAGAUUGGCAGAACCCAUUAAGGAGCAGUCUGUAAAAGCAUAUCCAGGCACAGCUACAUCCAAGAAUGAGGAUCAAAUACACAAUAUCCAUCGUCUUUUUUGUGGCACUUGUUAUCAUUGAGAAGGAAAACAACAUUAUCUCAAGGGUGUCAGAUAAGCUCGCCUUAAAGCAGACCCCCCAGACCCCUCUACAGCCGAGUGGUUUCUCCCACAUGCUGCUGAGGCGCAAUGGUUCCAUGACCUCACUCAGCAAGAUGGACUCUGCCUUCACGCUGAUGAAACGACGCCUGGAGAACUACAGCCAGCACCAGGAGGUGGUGGCGAGGGGCAGGAAGCACAUCCUCCUUUUAGCCACCACCAGGACGGGCUCCUCGUUUGUGGGCGAGUUUUUUAACCAGCAGAGCGACAACAUGUUUUACCUGUUCGAGCCGUUGUGGCACGUGGAGAAGAUGUUGACGCUGGAGACUGGCGGCACCAAUGCCACAGCGGCAGCCAAGGCGUACCGUGACGUGCUCCAGCAGCUCUUUCUGUGUGACUUCACCCUGCUGGAGAGCUUCAUCGAGCCCCUCCCUGUGGACCACAUCACCACCGCGCUCUUCCGCAGGGAGUCCAGCAGCUCUCUGUGCGAGGAGUCGGUCUGCAGCCCCAUCAUCAAAGGGGUCUUUGAGCGUUAUCGCUGCAGGACCAGACGCUGUGGGCCCCUUAACCUCACCAUGGCGUCUGAGUCCUGCCACCAAAAGGAGCACAGGGUCAUCAAGUCAGUGAGGGUGCGCCAGCUGGAGAACCUCCGUCCCCUGGCUGAGGACCCGCGCCUUGACGUGAAGUUCAUUCAGCUGGUUCGAGAUCCUCGGGCUGUACUAGCCUCGCGCAUGGUGGCCUUUGCCGCCAAAUACAAGAACUGGAAGGAGUGGGCAAUGGGUGGGGAUGUGCCCAUUGAUGAUGAUGAAGUGAGAAAGCUGAAAGGGAACUGCGACAACAUCAGGAUGUCCGCUGAGAUCGGCCUCAGGCAGCCGCCGUGGCUGCGCAGGCGUUACAUGCUGGUGCGGUACGAGGACAUCGCUCGGUUCCCCAUGAGGAAGGCAACUGAGAUGUACAGGUUCACUGGAAUCCCAUUCACUCCACAAGUGAAAUCCUGGAUCCUGAGGAACACCCAGGCCUCCAAGGAGACCAGCGGUGUUUACUCCACACAGAAAAACUCUUCAGAACAAGUAGAGAAAUGGAGGUUCAGUUUACCUUUCAAAAUAGCUCAGGUUGUGCAGAGAGUCUGUGGGCCUACGCUGAAGCUCUUUGGGUAUAGAUUUGUAAGCAGUGAAAAAAUGCUCACAGAUAAGUCGAUUAGUUUGAUCGAGGACAAAGUGUUCAACUUUUUAUAGACUUUGAUGGACAAGAACCCUGAUGCAGGAAACCUCUUGGAAAACUCUGGGAUGACUGAUAUUUAUUAGGGUUUUUAUCCUGAUACAGAGAGCGAUAUAUUUUCUGAUAGUGUGCUAUUUAAAAUUUUUUACUAUUUAAAAUAGUUUGAUGAAGAAAAUGUAUGGUCGAGCGGAAAUUUGAUAUAAAGCUUUUAACUCUUGAAGCAAGGGUGUAUGUUGAGACUUUACAUAUGGGUAUAGCAUGGUGAAAAUAGGAAGCUAUGUUUGUUUUUGCACUCCGGACUAUUUUCUCUGUCCAAACUGUAUCUUUGGCUUGUCCUGCAAGCCUCUCCAAAUUCAACUCCUUAGCAAAUAUAGGAAAGGCCCGAGGGAGAUAGCUGUGGGUUUGUGAACAAGAGCGAACUGUUUCAGACACUUCCAGCAACCUCUGUUGGUUAUUUUUGCUCAGCAACUUCUGAGUUAGCUACAUACAGUAGGCUGCUUUUACACCAAAGAAACUUGAAAUGUUUAUGCAUAGCCAAAAAGAAUUGAUUGCUUUGUAUAGCAAUGCUCAUGGCAGGAAGUGGAAAUACCAAUGUUUUGCCAGGUAAUUUCUACGCAUGAGAUUUAGAAGUAAUGUCCCAUGUUAAGUUAUUUAUGUCUUCUCUUUGCUAAAAGUCAUAAUGACUCUGAAUGUGCUCCACAGGUUUUUUACCCCUCUGCAGGGGGGACUUAUCUUGCACACGUAUACUAAAUUGCUGCACAUGCAUGUUUGUAAUUGGCAAAAAGUUGUUUGAAGUUGUCCUCAGGAUUGUAAGGACCCAUUCUGUAAAAACAGAUGUUUACACUGCCACUGUAUGCAAACAUUCCAACUGCAGCUGGUUUGCAGGAUUGUGCGAGGUUUGUCAGCAGGUCUGUCUGUUGACACAAGUCUCUUGGCUGGUGAUAAAAAAAGAGGCCCUGAUACUCUGGCCUGCCAGACUGUUUGCUGAUGUUCCAGUCUAUUCCUUUUAGCAUUUUGUUUGUUGCAAUAAACCUUCUUUUAC